AAAGGCAAGAUGGCGGAGGGUGGUGAAAUUUCGGCGGAACAGACCGAAAAACUCCUUCAUUUCCAGGACCUGACUGGAAUGGAGGACAUGGAUAGAUGUCGAGAUAUUUUACAGACUCACAAUUGGGAGCUCGAGGUCGCAGUUCAGGACACAUUCAAUGAAAGAGAAGGUGCUCCGACAGUAUUCACUCAACAGAGAGAGCCCAGAACCCCACCAGUCAAUACUAGUCCCUCGGACCAAAGAAUAUUUACAGUAGCUCCUCGGCGACCAACCGGCAUCUUUCAAUGGAGUUACUUCUUUCUCUUCUUUCCAUUUCGAUUUGUGUAUUCAACAUUAUUGGACAUAUUUAGAUUCACAUUUAGACUUCUACGACCGGAUCCUAGAAGAAAUGUGACCGAUCCGCUUGGUGAUGUAAUGACAUUUAUUCGCGAGUUCGAACAACGUUACGGACCAAUUCAUCCCACAUUUUACCAGGGUACCUACAGUCAAGCUCUGAAUGACGCCAAGAGAGAGCUGCGAUUCUUGCUAGUCUAUCUACACGGCGAUGAUCAUCAGGACACGCCUAAUUUCUGCAGAGACACGUUAUGUGGUCCAGACCUCUCCGAGUUCAUCAACGUCCGCAUGUUAUUUUGGGCGUGUAACACAAAUAGUCCUGAAGGUUAUAGAGUUUCACAAGCCCUGCGAGAAAAUACUUACCCAUUUUUAGCUCUAAUAGUUUUGAGACAAAAUAAAAUGACGGUUGUCACAAGAAUAGAGGGGCCUAUAGCUCCAACAGAACUGACUGCAAAGUUAACACAAGCCAUGGAAGAAAAUGAGGGAUCAUUGAUAGCAGCAAGAGCAGAUAGGGAGGAGCGAAGUCUCAACCAAUCGCUACGAGAGCAGCAGGACGCUGCGUACGAGUUGUCGCUACAAGCGGACCGAGAAAAAGAGCGGAGGAAACGCGAGGUGGAAGAAAUCAAACAGCAGGAGGAGGACGAAGUCAAGAGAAAGGAAGAGGAGGCUCAGAGGCGAUUAGAGGAAAUAGCACAAAGAAAAAUUAUAUUACGUUCGGAAAUUCCUGAGGAGCCCGAUAGUUCCAACGCAGAGAGUGUGCGGAUCGUUUUAAAAUUACCCAAUGGUACUAGGUUAGAUAGAAGAUUUCUCAAGACACAGUCAAUUAAGUAUCUCUAUUAUUUUGUUUUCUGCCAUGAUGAAGCACCGGACGACUUCCAAAUCGUUUCGAACUUUCCACGUCGGGUGUUACCGUGUGAACCAUCGGAGGAGGUGCCUGACCCUCCAACAUUCGAGCAAGUCGGACUGUUAAAACAGGAAAUGCUUUUUGUACACGACAAUGAGGCUUGAGCGAGACUUGAUUUUUAUAUGGAGACUUGAGCGAGGCUGUGUUUUUCAUUCUGAGCGAUUAUUCUGAGGGUAGGAAAGAUGGAUUGAUUAAUAAUAUUAAGGUUAUGUAGAAAGAAUGCAUUGCUGCGUUUCGGAAGUAGCUCCCCUUUUUCUAUAAGGUUGUAAGGUACGUAAUUGCGAGCUGUUUUCUACACUGUAGGGGCUAAAAUGACAUGUAUACCACUUUUCCAUACCAGUCAUUUUUAGAACUGACAAUGAACAGACCUAGUUCCAGCAAGUGACUAGACGGUGCCUGUGGUCAAAACUAAACAAAUCUAUGUCGGAUUUUAUUUACUCAAAUUCAUGGUUGUGAAAUUCUUGAUAAGUUCCUCUUGGAGGCGGCUUUCAAGUAGGCCUCUACGCCAUUGAAUACUGAAAGUAGGCAAAUUUACAUGUAACAGUUGCUCAGUUUGCCAUGGAUAUAGUAGUUGCACUCUUAUUAUUUAUGAUUUCACUUUUCGUAGUUGCACGUAGGUAUAAUUGCUAUAAAUUACAGUGCUCUGUUGAUGAAAGUACUGGGUGAAUCCCUUGGGGUUAAGCAGUCUGACAGACUUUGUUUAUAUCUGAAAGCUGGCCCGACUGGGCCCACAAUGUUGCUGUCUCUGUUACAUGUAAAUAAGCGAUUCCCUUUCUGUUGGUUCUCAAGCCAAGGUACAGACUGAAUACAAAAACUUUUCAAAAUGUACGAGUAUUUUAAGCUGCAUGUAUAUUGUGGUGGCGGAAUUUCUGCAAAGGGGGCCAUCCCUGAAGUAUGUACACACUUCCACUUCAAGGAAGAGGUCGUCUGAAAAGUAAAUCUGUGUCCACCUGUAAUUGACUGGGUUUACAAACGCGACGUAGGAUUUCAUAUUAACCCUUCACUGCCAAGAUGUAUUGACCGUAUUAAAGAUGUGAACCAAACUGAGAAGGGAGUACCACAACCCUAUUACAUAGGUAUUCAUUAGAAAGCUCUCAGUGAGUGCUUUCAAAUGAAUACCAAUGUGGCAUGGUUUUAAUAGUAUUUCAGAUUUUCAAUCUGGAUCAAAAGCGCCACUGGCAAUGAAAGGGUGUAAAACGAACGAGUCAUUUCCAAUGGCGGGCUACAUAGGAUUCACAAAGUGUAACAAGUGAACCAUGACAAAUGACAACGUUAAUCCUAUGUAAACCUGAUAUUAGGCCGGUACAAGAUGAUUUUUUGUUUUUUGUGCAUAGAGGGAAGCAGUUGGCCUGAAAAAUGGAUACAUACUUUAUGGGUAGCUCUAAAUGAGUCCUGGACUUCAAGCUUUAUUAAGGGUGAAUCGGUUAUUAUAAUUCUGUGUAUGUUUUAUUUUUUAUGUUAGAUUUUAUAAAUAUUAUGCCACAUAAACAUAUUUGUCUUUCUCAGUUUCUGUUCUUUAUGUGAUCAGGAUCAAGAUCAGGAUUUAAAGGGACAGUGGCUUUAACAUUUUUCUUCUUGAAAGCCGUCUUUAAAGGGAUUCUAUAGGCAGGGGCUUGAUGGGCCAGAUUAAGUUAUACAAAGUCCCCUAUAGGUGUCUCUGCCAUCUCGCAGAAAAUCUUUGCAAAGAAUUCAGAUAUCGAGAGCAAGAUUUAACUAAUAUAACUUUCUAUUUACACCAUUUAGAUGCAACAUUAUUUCAUGCCUUAGUCUGUUGUCCCUUUAAAUCCUAAUAUUUCUAUUUGUUUGUAACAAUUUUACGUCACUAAUUCUUACAGAUAUUAAUUUAAUUUGCUGAUUUUUAUAAUGGCACUAACGUUGUCCGUGUAUUGUACAUGUAUAACUAAUUACUGGAGAUGUUCUGUGGGCCCUGUCAUAUGUCAUUGGAACCUUCCUUAUUGAACACAAAAUGUGACCCGCUCUACCAAAACUAGGGGCUUGUCGCAUCUGAACUUGACAAUAGGGAGUUUCCGCAUCGCUUACGAUUACGAUUACGAUUACGAUUUCAAAGUCGUAAUCGUAAUACUCUCAAAACCGGCAUGAACCAGAAAUUUUGUUUCCGCAUUCACAUUAACGACUUGGUGUACUGUAUAGUAUAGGCCCUAUACUCUGCUCUCAUGCUCUGGGUGCACUUUUCUCGGCGCUAAAACAUGAUCAAAAUCGCCGUUGAUCACAUUAAAUGCGGUUCCUAUGUUUGACAGAUAUGUUCUAAAGUAUUAUUCAAUGAAUAGUUCACCUUGAAUUUGAUAUGUAGCGUGGAAAAUAGGCUUUUCGCUAAUCCAUGUAAUCGUUUUUCGACUUACGAAGAUCAGCCGGAAUCCUCGUAAGAACGAGACGAAACUACCAUCGACGAUUUCGCUGGGGAUGUCGUAGCACCAAAAAUCGAUGACGUCAAACACAAAUCGUAAUCGUAAUCGUAAGCGAUGCGGAAACUCGCUAGUUUGAUACGGACUUGUUGUUCAUUUCCCUAUUGUAGACCUUUUGUGAAAUGUGACCAAAUCAGUUUGUAAUAGAUUUCACAAAAGGUCUACAAUAGGGAAAUGAACAACAAGUCCGUACCAACCUGUCGAGUUCAGAUCCGACAAGCGCCUAGUUUUGGUAGAGCGAGUCACAAAUGAUAUGUGACCCGUCACACCAAAACCAGGCGCAUGUCGCUCUGAGCUUGGCAGGUUGAGACGGACUGUUUGUUCAUUUCUCUGUUGUCUGCCUUUUGUGAAAUAUGAGCACAUCAAUUUCUUCCAUUAUCUCCUGGUGUCAUUUAGGCUCAUCUUCUGUGCGUACAAGCGCGUGGUUUUGCUGUGACGGGUCACAUAUGUCCUCCUUGUAGAUAAACCAUCCUUUGUUAGAUAUGGUGGCAUUUGUAAUGAGCGGGACUGGGUUAGAUAAGAUGUAAUCAUUUUCACACAAGCUGAUGUAAUCGUAAUGUUACGGACUAUUGGUCUUGACGGUAGUCAGUGAUAUGUCCUCCUGUAGAUUAACCACCUAUUCCUUUAAUCAGCUGUGGCGGUAUUUAUUGGGGACUGGGGUAGAUUUAGUCGUUAUGUCACUUACGAUUGCUUCUGAAUAGUCAUGUUUGACCGGUAGUUGGUGAUAUGUCCUCCUUGUCGAUAAACCACCAACUCCUUUAAUGAGAUAUGGUGGUCGAUAAACCACCAACUCCUUUAAUGAGAUAUGGUGGUAUUUAGUGGGGGGACCUGGGUGGAUGUUGUGACUAGUCGUUUUCAUACAAGCUGAUGUAAUCGUUAUGUAAUGAUUAGCUCAGACGGCCUACUCGGGCUCGUCGGUAGUCGGUGAUGUCUCCGUGUAGAUAAACCAACGCCUCCUUUAAUCAGAGACGGUGGUAUACAUGUAGAUCGAGGACUUGAGUAGACGAGUCAUUUUUGAUACAACCUGUACAGUGUAUACUAGACUCGAAACUUCCUGAGGAAAUCCAAGUUUUCAAUCAAAUCUGUUGUGUUUUGUGUCCGGUUUGACAAUGGAAAGGCUCAGAGCAGACAUGAUGUCCUACUUUGAAAAAGAAUUUUUUGACGAGAGCAGACACAUGGAGAUGUUAUUGCCAUCUAUCAGAAGGUGUAAUUUAAGUGCUUGGGGCACUAAGGAACCUGGGUGAAGUUGAAGUGACAACGUGAAUCUUGUAUAAGUCUGGCUGAUAAAGUCCCUUUUUAUCCAUCA